GAGAUUUUUAAUUAUGAAGGUAUAUACAUGUAUAAAAAGUAAUAUUCACAUCAGCUAGACAAAAAGAAUAGAAAAACAAAGAGUAACUUCUCAUAUGUUACUCAUUUUGAUAUGUUUAAUGUAAAAGAUAAUUAAUCACCGCGUUAAUCAAAAGAUAACUAAUCCUCGCGUAAUCAAAAGAUAAUUAACCCUCUGCGCACGAUUUUCAGAAGUGGUCCUUUUCGUUUUUAUAAUCACGGACCCCAAACUUUUUCUUCAGUUGGGUCGUUUUUUUCCAACUCCGUUGCUAAGUCGUGAAUCGUUGUAACUCGUAACGCGUCUAUCUUUUCUUCCAUAUAUACACGCUCAUUCUAAUAAAAUCACUUAAACCACUAUAUUCUCUAAUCAUCUCCUCUUCAGCUUGUUGAGUGCAAAUGGGGAAGAAGCUAGACGCUUUGCUUGGUCGGACUUUCAAAACCAAAAAGUUCAAGUCUCUACUCAACUUAGCUCUCACUAGGCUCUCUAUUCUCAAGAACCAACGUCAAGUUCGAUGCUCUCAAGCCACCUCUGAUGUCACCGAGCUUCUUAAGCUUGGGCAACACGAGAACGCUUACCACAGAGUCGACCAAGUCAUUAAAGAACAAAACACACUCGACGUUCUCUUCUUCCUCCAUGGCUACUUCACUCUCUUGCUCGACCGUGUUCAACUCUUCGAACACAACAGAGAUUGCCCUGAUGAGCUUCUAGAAGCUGUUACGAGUUUGCUCUUUGCAGCUUCUAGAAUUGGAGAGUUUCCUGAGCUUCAAGAGAUUCGUAACGUUUUGGUUUCGUGUUUUGGCAAAGAUAUCGCUGCUAGGUCCAUUGAGUUGCGGAGUAAUUGUGGGGUUAAUCCAAAAAUAAUUCAGAAGUUGUCGACAAGACAUCCACAAAGAGAUGUUAGGAUGAAGGUUUUGAAGGAGAUUGCUGCAGAAAAUAACAUCGUUCUGAAACUAGAAGAAGCUUCUUCUACGUCCACUGAGGGCAAAACAGAUGUUUCCAAGGCUAAGCUAGCAAGUGAAGUUGGGAAAGAUGAGAUAGUAGAAAGUUAUGUGUUGUCAAAUUUGGUUAAGAGAGGAAAGCAGAAGUACAAGGAUGUGGCUGAUGCUGCACAAGCAGCGUUUGAGUCAGCAGCUCAUGCAGCAAUGGCUGCACGAGCGGCUGUUGAGCUUUCUCAGUCUCCACCUCGUGGACUUAAUACGGGUAAUAAUGGUGGGGAAGGUUCAUCUAGUGGUUCUGAAAACAAGGAAACAGAACAAGAAGGUAAUGAUGAUGAUGUUUCAGAAGGUGAAGUGGAUAUGAGAUCAGAAUCUAAGAAGUCUAUAUCGGAUUCAGAAGAUACUAUUGAGGAUGUGAUGUCGUUUAGAGAAGACCCAGUGAAGCUGUUGGAGAAGGAUGUUGUUGUCUACGACAGUGAGGAAGAAACCAAACAUACUGCAAAGACUAAUACUACUACUGAGAUUAAAGAUGAGGAAAGUCUUAAGGAUUGUUCUGAUAGAGCGGAUACAGGACAUGUGGACAACAUGGUUCAUUCGGCUGAAGAACCUAUUAUGCUUAAAGCUAGUUUAAAGGGUCCUAUUUCAGUAAGGACCAGACAGGUUCGUGGAUACUAAGAAGUCUAAGUUUUUGUUUUUUACAGGCGCGUCUAUGGUUUAAUGACUGAGUUUUGUACUAUUUCUAUGUGUUCUUUAUGCCUUGGUCAAGGGUGUAAAACUAUUGUAUUCUUUAUGGAUAAUAUGUUUUCAGUAAUGUUGAACAAUGGCCUAUGUUGUUUAUUCAUGAAAAGUUUCUAGAAACAAAUUGACCAGAGAAGGAAAUUUCAAAGAACUUACCUGUAAGUCACUGCCCUCUGCCCCUCUUUUUACCAUGCGGAAUCAGGUCAGAAUAUGCCUGCAGACUUAGGCCGACAUCUUCAUCAUAUUCAACACCAAGCUCCUCCUACCAAGUCAACAUUAGGUUAAAUGUAGUUUGAAAGAGGAAACUAAUGAAAAUGUAUUUGUGUAAUUUCUUUUCACCUUAAACUCCUUGAUAUCUCUG